AUGGAUGAACGUCAAGCUCUUUUGGAUAGCCCAGAGCUAGCAGACGACGAGAUCGUGGCCUAUGUUCAGCAGAGACGUGCCUCCAUCGCUCUGGUUGGCACAACCAAGAUUCCCUCUGUGUUCCAGCUCACGCCGAAACGGUCAAGACAAAGCUUGGAUUCCCAUGCCUAUGUUUCUCAUCAUGAACCGUUGAAUGACCUUUUGCUGGUGCAUCUGUCCACGAUAUUGGGGGAACCCCGGACCAGUAUGUGGACGGAGACGAGAACACUUUUGAAGUACUCGGUGCCGCUAAUCAUCACCUUCUUGUUGCAGUACUCCUUGACGGUGGCCUCGGUGUUCUCGGUAGGCCGAUUGGGUCCGACAGAAUUGGCUGCUGUGUCUCUCUCGUCCAUGACUGCCAAUAUCAGUGGAUACGCUAUCAUCCAAGGUGUUUCCACGUGUCUAGACACAUUGUGUGCUCAAGCACACGGUAGGAGAGACUUCAACACCGUGGGGUUGCACUUUGUGAGAUGCACCUAUUUGCUCAUGUUGUGUUAUGUGCCGAUGUUGGUGCUCUGGAUGUUCUUCUCCGAGCCGAUCUUGCUUUUCUUGGUGGGAGAGGAGAAACGCCAAUUGGUUACUCUAGCCAGCCGCUACCUCCAGAUCUUAUCAUUGGGUUUACCGGGUUUCAUCGUGUUCGAGAACCUCAAGCACUUUUUGCAAUCGCAGGGCAUUUUCCACGCCUCCACCUACGUUCUCUUAUUCUGCGCUCCCAUGAACGCGUUUUUGAACUACUUCCUCGUCUGGAACAAGCAUGUGGGGCUCGGCUUUAAAGGAGCGCCUUUAUCUGUUGUAAUCACCAAUUGGGUGAUGUGUGGUGCACUCUGGUGCUACACAAAGUACAUUGAUGGCUACGAGUGCUUACCGAGGCAACGGCUUUUGCACAAGACGUAUUUUUCCAAUUGGCAGCGUAUGAUCAACUUGUCCGUGCCGGGGGUGUUGAUGGUGGAAGCCGAGUGGCUCGCGUUUGAAAUAAUCACGUUCAUUGCCUCAACAUUUGGCACAGAGGUGUUGGCGGCGCAGUCUAUUGUCUCCACGACGUGUGUGCUAUUGUAUCAAAUCCCAUUUGCAUUGUCCAUCACGGCGUCGACCCGAAUCGCAUGGUAUAUUGGCGCGGCCUCAAAGAAGGCUGCAUUGGUUGCAACAAGGGCAUCCAUGUAUACAGCCAUGUGUUUUGGUGUGGUGAACGCCGCUGUUCUAUUUAGUUUCCGAGAUUUCUUUGCCUCGCUCUUCACGGACGACCCCAUUGUGCUUGAUAUUGCAUCAAAGGUGUUGAUUGUCGGGGCGGUGUACCAGAUCAACGACUUCCUCGCAUCUGGGUACUUGAAUCUUGUGUCGUACUACGUCAUAGCGUUGCCAACGGCGAUCUUCUUUGCCUUUUAUCUCGAGCUUGCGUUGAUAGGCUUGUGGAUGGGCAUGAUCAUAGCGCUCUUUUUCGUGUCGCUUUCGCAGACGUACUUUGUCGUUGCCAGCGAUUGGGACGCAAUUAUCACCGAGUGUAUUGAAGAAGGUGUUGCCGAGGACGGGGUGCUCAACAUCGAGGCAACGGCACUGGUGCCGGCUAUGCUGUCGAAUCACCUUGUGUAG